AUGACAGAAUCGGCGGGCCCACUGGGCAACUUCCUCGGAAGUUUGGGCGGAGUAUUUACAGAGUUUACUUGGUCACCCUUGGAGCUCUUCCUCUUGACGGCGUCUGUAGCCCUCACUGUAUCGCAGGUGCUCGUAUCUUUUUGCAUUCUUACAUACUUCCCAACGCCGCUCUAUCUGACAUGGUGGCAGCUGCUCCAGCUCUUGAUUAGCGCUUCUAUAGUGGGGGAACUGGGCGUCGCCUUCCCUCAGGCCACUUUGUUUCCUCGUGUAAAGUUGGGGGGGUUCAAAUGCUUCUUGCGGCUUCUGCCGUAUUCCUUGGCUUACUGCGCCUUCCACGCAGUAUCUAACAUCACGAUAUCUGCAAUAGCCCAUCCAGCAGCUCUUCCUGUUGCUUCAGGGCUCUUAGUUGCUUUUCACCAUGUGUUCAGAUCAGCAGGGUGCAGCACAACUUACAGUCCCCUGAGGUGGUGCGCGGUGGGUCUGUUGGGGCUUUCCUGUCUCUUCUCUUUGGGCUACCUUGACUUCUACUACUGCAUUUUAUUGGCUAUUACCUCCGCGCUCUAUCGGGGAGCAUACUUGCCCAGGGCUUUGCACCUGAGCGGAGCAGACGAAGGCACACUGACAGCGGCAUGCAGCGUCACUGGGAUGCUGGUGCUGCCCGUUUUCAUAUGGUUAGCCGGAGAACAACCAGCUCUGAUACCUGCUUUUAAGCUGGCGUCUUUUGACAAACAGGAAUGGCUUACUUUGGGAUGUUGGGUGACUGCUGGAACAAUCCCCUUUUUCAAAAGUCUAGCAACCAACAAACUCAUGAAGACCUCUGGCGCUCAAGUUUGGCGCAUCAGCGAACUGGCUUCCGUAGCAGCUAUCUUCGUCUGUUCUCUGCAGAUGUGUGGAGCCGUUGGGGCAGCCCUCUGGGGGGGCAUGGCCCUCCUACUCCUAGGAAGGCUAUGCUGCGCAGUGGACAGCUACGAGGAGAGGAGAGAACUUGACCCCCGGCUUAGUCGGACGUACUACUCCCGCAGACUCAGCAGCCGCAGAGGCUCUUCGAUGGAGGAAUCAUUCGCUGUAAUUGAGGAGGGUCUUCUAGAUCAUAUAUCUCCUGAACAAGCCAACGACAUUACGAGCCAACUAACUGGUCUCGUCAAAGCCUACGUCACUCGCACACAGUGCGAAGACCUCACUCUUCUGAAGAACAUUGGCGGGGGAGACGGCAUCGCGCACAUGCUACACGUCUCUCGAAACAUUGGGCUCUCAGAUCAGGAGGAUAUUGAACAACGACGUAAGUUAUUCGGUGUGAACAAACUCCCUUCCCGCGCCUCUGCUUCUUUCUUCUCUCUUUGUAUUGACGCUGCAUCCGAUAACACCUUGCAGAUUCUCAUGGUCUGCGGCUUGGCUUCCAUUAUCUUAUCUCAACUCUUUGGCGAAAACCCCCAAGUUGAGUGGAUGGAAGGCGCUGCCAUUUGGGUGGCCGUAUUGGUCGUCGUCCUCGUCACAGCCGGCAAUGACUGGCUCAAAGAACAACAGUUCCGUCAGCUUUCCGCCGUAAAAGACGACAAGCGCUGCACCGUGUUGCGAGAUGGCUGCCCCACACAAGUGUCCGUGUUUGACCUUGUGCUGGGCGACCUGCUGCAGUUCGAAGCAGGGGAUGAACUGCCAGCAGACUGCGUAGUGAUUGCUUGCCGUGGGCUGCGUAUGGACGAGUCCUCCUUAACCGGAGAAUCUGAAAUGAUAAAGAAGGAUACCUACGAGGAUUGUAUGACGCAGCUUGUAGACGGCAACACUCGAAGUCCCCGGUCGAUGCAACACCAUUUCAUAUCUUCCCCCGUUGUCCUUUCCGGAACAACUGUGAACAGCGGAAGUGGUACAGCAAUAGUCAUAGCGGUUGGCCCUCAUUCGCAAGCUGGGCAACUGUACCAGAAGCUUUCCUUCGACACAGAAGCAACGCCAUUGCAACUGAAGUUGAAUGCGCUUGCUGGAGACAUAGGCAACUUUGGGCUAAUAUGCUCCGUUAUUGCUUUUUUCGUCCUUGUACUAGAGUAUUGGAUUAUUUUUGCAUACACAGAAAUUGAUCAACGCCCUCCGCUUCUCGGCAUCGUCAACAGUCACGUGCAUUUUUUUGUUACAGCCAUAACGGUCCUCGUCGUUGCUGUACCUGAGGGGCUGCCUCUGGCGGUCACCAUAUCUCUGGCGUAUUCCAUUGGGCAAAUGCUUGCGGACCAGAACUACGUGCGGCGUUUGGGAGCGUGCGAAACGAUGGGUUCUGCCAAUGAGGUGUGUUCAGACAAAACAGGUACACUUACAAGGAACCAAAUGAGCGCCGUGGAAUUUUGGGACGGUUCCGAAACCGUUCACAUUCCUUCUGCCUCAUUUGCCGGCCCAGACACAACUGGUGUAGCAGGUUUCAAUGAAAGAACGGCGAAGUGGGAGCUCGUUUCCGAAAGUAUUGCUUUGAACUCAACAGCAUUUCUCGAAAAAAUGGAGACGAUGACAUUGAAUAACGGACAGGAAACAACACGAUACACAGUGAAAUAUGUGGGCUCUGCAACAGAAUGCGCCCUACUGGAGUAUAACGACUUCAUCUGCGGUGCGGACUACGCAGAGACGCGGCGAUUAAAGGGGUCUGACUCCCUCAUUGCUCACCGGGAAGAGUUCUCUAGCGACCGUAAAAUGAUGACGACGGUUGUUUACCGGGAGGAGUGUGGGGGUUCGCAUGUGAGGGUGUAUGUAAAGGGCGCUGCAGAAAGAGUUCUUCAGUUGUGCAACGGUGUGAUGACCGCCAGCGGUCAGAUCCAAAAAUUGCAGGCAGAACACAAAAAGGAGGUUGAAGAUUGCAUCAUCGAUGGAAUGGCCCGUGAGGCCCUGAGGACAAUCUGCAUUGCCUACCGCGAAUUCGACGUGAACGAUUUGCCCAACUGGAAGGAGAAGCAGCCUGCCCCGAAACAGUUGUUUUUAGUUGCUGAACAAGACCUUAUAUGCCUGGGCAUAUUCGGCAUUCAGGAUCCCGUGAGAGACGAAGUCCCGGGAGCGGUGGAGAGGUGCCACCAGGCAGGCAUCAAUGUGAGAAUGGUAACGGGGGACAAUCUUAUCACUGCAAAAGCCAUUGCAAAGAAGUGCCACAUUUUCAAUGAAGAAAGAGGGGAUCUGGCAAUGCUGGGCCCCGAGUUCACACAGCUUGUCGGCGGUGUUGUCUGCCAAAGCUGCAGAACUGUCGUAUGCGGCUGUGCAACUGAUGCUAAGACAGCAGAGGCAGAAGGGAAGAACCUCCGCGUUGAUGUUGUCGCGAACAUGGAUGCUUUUGAGAACAUCUGGAGGCGCCUUCAAGUUCUGGCGCGCUCCCAACCGUCCGACAAAUACGUCCUAGUUACAGCUUUAAAACAACUAGGCCAGGUAGUAGCUGUGACAGGCGAUGGCACCAACGAUGCGCCUGCGUUGAAGAAAGCAGAUGUCGGCCUGGCAAUGGGCAUCACCGGCAAAGAAGUGGCGAAGCAGGCUGCUGAUAUUGUCAUGCUAGACGACAACUUUCAGUGCAUUGUGCAAGCUGUAAAGUGGGGACGCAAUGUAUACAGCAAUAUCCGGCGUUUUCUGCAGUUUCAACUCACCGUUAAUGUGGUUGCUGUAAUCACCACAAUUGUCUGCGCAGCUUUACUGCGAGACUCGCCCUUGACCGCCGUGCAGAUGCUGUGGGUCAAUCUCAUCAUGGACAGCUUUGGAUCCCUCGCUCUUGCAACGGAGAAGCCGACUCCCGAUCUUCUUAAGGAGAAACCGCACCACAGGAAUCAGUCGCUCAUUUCGCGGUCUAUGGCGCUCACCAUUACAACAUCUGCAUUGUACCAACUCGUUGUCAUGAUGGUUCUCAUAUUUUUUGGAGACUGCUUUCUCCCCGAAAAAGAAUGGGGCUAUCUUUUGCCGGCUGAUAGAUCCAAUAAUGACUUUUGUGAAUUCUCAGACUGCGAUCCAACAACAGGGCAUGGGAGCCUCAUGAGAUCUGGCAGAAGAUUCAAGUUGUUCUCCACCGAAGAAGACUACGAAGAGAGUUGGAUAGGAAUUAUUGGGCCGUCUCGGCACCUGACAUUUGUGUUCAACACAUUCGUUUUCAUGCAGUUGUUCAACAUGAUUAACGCCAGGGAUGUAGAAGAGGAUUUUGCCAAAAAAAUGUCUUUGCCGAGACUCUUCGUCAAGAUGGCAAGUAAUCCUUUGGGGUUCUUUAUUUGGCUGUUUAUUCUCUGCUCGCAAGUCUUGAUGGUGGAAUACGGCGGCCCCAUGCUCGGCUGCCACCGGGAGGGCCUUACUUUGGAGCAGUGGUUAUUGAGCUUACUCAUCGGGUUCGUUGGCCUGCUGUUCGCCCGCAUUCCACAGUGCUUUCCACGGAUUACACGGAUGUUUCCAGAAUUCGGAAUGAGGGAAGAAGAUCUUUCAGAGAAAGCUUCCCUCGCCUUGGGCCUUCGCGGCCGAUCGCCGUCACGCAUGAACGACCGCUGCAUGAUAAGCACUCUGGCUGUAGCUAAGAAGUAUGCAAGGCGCGCCAAAGUCCUGACAAUAAGCAGAAUGAAGGCGCGUAGAGGCGCACCCCGAGCUGGACAGCCAGCUGAUACAGCGAUUACCGAUGCGUACCUUCCAGUGCAAGUCACUGCCUAA